AUGGAAGAAAUGUUGCACCAGAUGGUUGACAUCUGUGCUGCAGACCUCGUAAAGAAACAAGCUGAUUUCUUGCUGUACUGGGGCAAUGGGCAGGAGCUUGGAGUCCACAAGUUCACAGCCCGUGAAGAUUACGAGUACACAUGGUGGAUUAGACACCAACCAAAUGGGGGAUUUGCAGAUGCAUGGCAUUUUGAAGUUGAGUAUGGGUCAGAUGGACAGACCGCUAACCCAGCGGAAGAAAUAGACCUUGCCAACGCCAACAAUACAUUUCGUGUUGCUUUCUUGACCCCGCGUGCUCAAGAGAUGCUGGUUGCCAACCUUACAGAACGUGGAUUCCAGGCAGAGUUCAGGGUACAGUCUGUGAUGUGCGAUUCUCGUGAGCUCCCAGGUCAGACUGUACAGGGGAACGUUCAGUUGGUGACAAUCAAAUGGUAG